CCUGUGGCAUUUCACCAGUUCCUGCCUCUGGUCACCAGUCACAAGACGCGAAUUUUAUUCGCUAAUAAAAACAAAAAUAAACCAACUUAAACCCACUGAUAAGCGGACCAGUAAUCUUCAAUGAAAUCACAACAGUUAGAUAAACUACCAUCGGCCACCUGCAAGCGCACGCCCAGCGGAGCGUCCCUAUAAGCCCACGCCCGUCCCCCUCCUCACCUGUUCGCUAGCCGCCCACCCAAUUUGGUCUUCGGUCCGUUAAUGUUAUCAGUUCAGCAGCAGAGGCAGCAACAACAACGACGAGUGGGCGCGCACAAAAGGCCACCCAUCGCUCAAGGACGAGGCAUAGGCAGAGGUAGUGCUCCUGAAGGCCAAAUGGGCUUAUAAAUAAAUGAAGGGCCAAGUUAAAGGCAAUGUUUAUUGACGUUUAACGCAGGUUCAAUCCGUUGCAGUUGCAGCGGCACAGGCAGAGGAAAAGGCAGCGACGUAACCGCGCAACGUGCACAGAAUACCAAAUCGUUUUUUGUUUUUGGGCCAUGCCACGAGCGGGAAGCGGCUGACAGGAAAUCGUGGCAAGCAACGAACAAAACCACACUUAUUCAUUGUGAGCAAUAAAAACUCUAGUCAAAAGUUCAUAUGGAUGCUACCGCCAGUUCAAAGUUCAGCGAUGUGGACGAGUAUGGCUUCAAGCGUGGCGACUACUUCGACUAUAACAACUAUUCCAAGUUCAUGGAUGGUUAUCUGAAGACGCUGACGCGAAGACGCAUGAAAUGGGAGGCCAUACUGCAGCAGAAUACUGAUCUCACCCAGGUGGAUGCCAAAUUGAAGCGGUACAUUCGGAAGGGCAUACCCGGUCCAUACCGUCCCGACGUCUGGAUGAAGAUAUCUGGCGCUGCCGCCGCCCAGCGCCGCUCCCCAGAUCUAUUUCGCAACCUUCUGCGCACCGAGACCUUUGACAAAGAAAUCAGCGAUUCCAUAUCAAUCGAUCUACCUCGUACCUUUCCCGACAAUAUUCACUUCGAUACGAAGAAACAGCGCCUAUAUAACAUCCUCAUCGCCUAUGCCCACCACAACCGGGACGUGGGUUACUGCCAGGGACUCAACUACAUAGCAGGCUUGCUACUGAUCGUUACCGAUGACGAAGAAAAGUCCUUUUGGCUGCUCAAGCACAUCGUGGAAAAUAUUGUCCUGUUAAGGGAUCUGGCCGUGUUUCGGGAGUUGGUCAUUCGGCGGAUUCCCGCUGUCAAUCGGCAGGUCGAUAACUUGGGUUUACCCUAUCCGGUAAUCGCAAGUAAAUGGUUCAUCUGCAUCUUUGCUGAGGUGCUGCCCGUGGAGACGGUUCUACGUAUCUGGGAUUGCGUCUUCGCUGAAGGCUACAAGAUCGUUUUUCGUGCUGCCCUGGCCAUGUUUGUGACACAUAAGAAUGCCAUUUUGGCUUGUGAUGACAUUGCCGCCCUGGCCAACCUAUUCCGGGAUACCAUGAUCCAGGACAGCAUUGUGACAGAUUGUCAUGGCUUUGUUGAGUCCAUGUUCAAACUGCGCCUGAAGCGAAGUGAGCUAGAGAGUCUGCGUAAGGUGGCUGUGCUAAAUCCAGCAUAAAAAGUCCAAGUUGAAGGGGCUUAAUGACCAAUAGAUCAAACAACAGCAACAAAACCAAAAACAAAUUGGAGAAGCAAUCGAAAAAUUCAAUUAUUAGGAAAGUAGUUCAACCGUAUCAUUGUGUUUAUGUUCAUGAUUGUGAGUGUGCAUUAUGUAAUUGUUUCUAAAUAGUACGUACCUAUAUAUGUGCGCAUUUGUAUUACCAAAUUGUAGCCCAAUUGUAGCCAAGGCCAAAACAAUUCGAGUAUUAGCCAACGAAGUCAAGUCGAGUUACCAAACCAAAAUUUCAAAUGGAACAUAAAUGAUCAGAUUAGUUAAAUUAGAAAUAUCCAUGCAUUAGGAGUAGUAGCCAAAAGUUUAUAGUUGAUAUCUUCCACAUGUAGACCUUAUAUACAUAUAUAUAUAUAUAUACAUGCCUAACCAUCGGCAGAGCAUUUAGCCCACUUUUCACCCAACAACCAAACAGUUUGUGUUCUUAGUUAUCUUGUUGAUCAAAGAAGUAUUUAUUUUUGAGUAUAUGUACUUUGAUAGGAAGCUAUGUAAAUGUCUACGUCUAGAUGAAACGUGUAUUUACUUUUAUAUAUAUAAAUGCUUUUAAAGUUGUUAAAUAGUUGACUUAACUGUAAAACGUCUGUUAGCCGCAACCGGUUUGUCUCGAAUCGGUUGCCCAAUACUCAAUACUAUUUACAAAAGAUUUAUCCUGAAAUAUAAUUUGAGGAAUUGAUUUGUAAAUGCAUUAUCCCGCAAGCCAUUCCAACCAAUUACUAUUCCCUUAGGUGGAAGUGGUUUACAAUGGCUGAUGGGUUUUGUAUUUUAUGCAGCCGAGACGCUUUUCAAAUAAAAUACUAUUGCUAACUGUUA